AGAGAAUCUGAGAGUCUUGAGAAAUGACACCUGUGUGGCUCCUGGGUGUGAUCCUCGCUGGCUUUUUCCAGGCUCCGACUGAUGGAGUUUCAGCAGAGCAAGAUCUAGUGGAGAGGGAGUAUAUGUACAGCGAUCAAUUAGCUGAAGCUACUCAUGAUAAUCUGAAGAAACGAAAGAUGUUUAUAAAUUGUGGUCCUAUUCCUGCAAUUAAGAAUGGAGAUUUCGUCUCUCAUGGAAAGACAGUGCACUACAGCUGUAAACAUGGUUUUAGAAUGGUGGGCUCAGCAGAUAUAGUCUGUACACGCUAUGGUCGUUGGAGUUUACUUACACCUCAUUGUGAACGUUUUGCUUGUGGACCUGUACCUUUAAUUGAACAUGGAAUUUGCCACAUAUCAGGACAUUCAGCAGUGUUCAGCUGUAAUGCGGGAUAUCGGCUGGUGGGACGAGCAACAAUAGAAUGUAAAGCUGGUCUGUGGGAGUCAACCUUUCCUUGCUGUCAAUCUGUUGGUUGUGGUCUCAUUCCUGGUAUAGAUAAUGGAAAAUUCCUGAGAAAAGGCAACAAAGUGGUGUAUUCCUGUAAUCAUGGAUUUGUAUUGUUAGGAGAACCACAAAUACUCUGUCUGUCUAGUGGUCAUUGGAAUUAUGGUCCACCUCACUGUCAACAAUUGAUAAUUGGUCCAAAGGGAGACAAAGGCAAUAUGGGAACCUCUGGACCAAAAGGAUUCAAAGGUAUUCCUGGGAUGGUUGGAUCAAAGGGCUUCCCAGGCUUGCAAGGUCUACCAGGGCCCAAAGGCAUUCAAGGUGACCCUGGGUUACCUGGUUUCCAAGGGAUGAAAGGUGACAUUGGACUAACUGGCCCUAAAGGUAACCCUGGAGACAAUGGAAUGAUUGGCUUGACCGGACGUAAAGGAAUGCCUGGCCAAAUGGGACUACCAGGAAGGAAAGGUGAUCCUGGAUUUAUGGGACCACCAGGAGACAUGGGAAUACAAGGACCUAUCGGACCUCCAGGUCCAGAUGUUAUUUUACUAAUAUCUGCCUUUUCUGUUAAACUUGAGAAAAGUUUCCCACCAUGUGGCCUACCAAUUCUAUUUACUGAGGUGUUGUACAAUGAGCAAGGGGAUUACAAUGUUGGAACUGGUCUGUUCACAUGUCGGAUACCUGGCGUCUAUUACUUUUCACUUUACUGUGAAGUCUACUCCACCAAUGCAUACAUUGAAAUAAUGGUAAACAACAGACCUGUCGUCAAAAGCUUCCAGACAUACGACAAACAUUACGAAAUGUUGGCAGCAGGUAUCAUAGUUAAGUUAUCAGCAGGUGAUACAGUUUGUGCCAUGGCUAAAGAUAACUUCAAUGGUAUAACAGCACAGAGUAUAUUCAAUGGAUUACUGAUCAUGGGAUGUUAAUAUCUAUGCAUUAUUCUGAGACACAAAUGCUCGGUUUCUUGUGUAUCUAAUUCUAAUAAUAAUCAUCCCUGUGAUCUUCAUUUAAAUCUUUAUCCUUCUGUGCAAUUUAUCAUCCAUUUUAGGACCAAUUGAACCUUAAUUGAAGGCAUAGUGUGUUUGGAAUGAUAAAAAUGCAAAUUGUGUUUUACCUGCUGAAUUAUUGAUGGACUCUAAAAGGUGAGCACAGGAUAUGAAGACAGGACAGAUAUGAUUGAAGUAUAAUCAUACCAUUACCAUUCACAAACACUUUCGUAUCAAGCUUGUAGAAUAUGGUUGGGAUUCUUGUGUAUUUGGUCCAGAAAUAAUCAUUUCAUAUUUCAAUAAGCACAAUUACAUUUUAUUAUUUCAACAGUCUUAGAACUAAAUUAAUGUAUUGUCUGGGUUUUUUCCAGCAGCUUUUAGUUAAUUCAAUGGGAGCUCCUAAACUAAUAUAAUUUGUAGGUGGUAUGAUAUUAAUCUGAUUGGAGCGCUCUGAAUAACUAGUUGUGACACUAUGUGUUGCACUCAGGUGACUGAACGCAAUAUCAACAGAUGAAAAAUUAAUUUAAGCUUUAACUGUUCAUUAACUGUUGUAAGCGCUAAAGAUCAGCCUUCCUACUUUCAUGUAACAUCCAACAACACCAUCUUUCAAAGUAACAGAUUAUUCUGAUCAGGUUAAAGCGUGAGUUUGGUUAACAAACCAAUACUUAUUCGACAAUAGGAAAGAUGAGGGUUCUCUCUCAUUUGGUUUAAUUGUUACCAUAGGUUUAUUGCCCAUUGUUAUAUAUGUUCUGCUAUAGCCAACAUCCCAAUAUCCCAUCAGAGACAACAACAGGCAUCCAAUCCAACCUCUGGGACAGCCAAUCACAAUUCUUCCUCCAGCUGCUCUGUCCAUAAUCAAAGCAGUUAAGGAACUGAUGUACGGUCUAGAUUUGCAGCAUGACAAACACCUUCCCAGCACCUUCACAAGACUUUACAACCCAGACUGAUACUGCAGUUCCUGCCCCUCACUCUGUAGGACCCCACUGGCUGGUGGUUGCUAUAGAUGCCUGGAGGCAGAUAUUGUUCAGUUUUACUGGUAACACAUUUUGUGUAAAAGGUAAAAAUAUCAUUUUGUGUAAAAGGUAAAAAAAAACAACUCCUUCAUUUCUGUGCAUGUAGUUUCUUGAGUUAGAACAUCUCACCUUUGAAAUAUUGAUUUAGGGACCAUUAAAAAUAUAAGUAUAACUGUUUUGAUUUAUGCUAUUUGUUAAUUAGAUGUGUUUUGUAGUUUUAACAUUCAGAAUGUUAUGAGCAGUUGUAAAGAAUGUUAAUCCAGCAAAAUAUCAGCCAAUUGGAUUAAUUGGGCUGGAAACAGAUUGCCAGAACUGUCCUUUUCUAAGUAUAUGUUUCUGUGAAAACUCAAUUUUAUGAAAAUUUUUAAAGAUACACAAUAAAAAAUAUUGCACCCUGA